GUUUUGGUCUUUGGUCUCGGGACCGUGUUUCGGGGCAGCAGUGCGCGGCCAUAAUGGCUACAAAAGGGCAGCGUGAAAAAUUCACCAAGAUGGGGGACGUCGUCGUCGUUCGUCACGGCGUGAAAAGUGACCGUGAAAGUGGUGACGGGGUGUCGUGAAAAAAAGCCAGACCAUAUGGCACGGAUCUCCGGGGUUCCGUCGAACAUGACCCUCCAGCGAUCCGGAGUGGCCAAGGAGGGAUUUUCUUCCUUCGGAGAUCCCCCGCAAAUUUCCUUCAAGUUUCGUGAGUGUGAUCGGUGAAAAGCAGCAGCAAAGGAAGUAACAUCAGCAGCAGCAACCAUGAACUCGGUGGAAGCGAUGGAUUUGAUCGACGAGGACCACCUCACGGGGUCGGAGGACGACGAUGACGACGAUAAUCCGAGCAGUCCCGGAAGUGCGUACGACGACGGGAACCUGAUCAAUGUGGCCAUGGAGAACGAGGUGACGGCCCAGCUGGUGGCGGCCGGCGUGGUCGGAGUGGCUGCCGCGGCGGCCAUCACAUCGUCCAAGAAGAAAAAGCGACCGCACUCGUUCGAGACGAAUCCUUCCAUCCGGAAAAGGCAGCAGAACCGGCUGCUGAGGAAGUUGAGGCAAACAAUCUUCGAGUACGCAACGCGCGUGGGCCAACAAGCGGUCGUCCUGGUCGCCACUCCCGGCAAGCCCAACAACAUAUUCAAAGUGUUCGGCGCGAAACCGCUGGAGGACGUGCUGAAAAAUCUCCGCCCAAACGUGAUGGACAAGCUGGACGAAGCGCUGGCCGCCCAGGCCCCACCCCGCGUUCAGGACGACCCGUCGCUGUUCGAGCUGCCCCCGCUGAUCAUCGACGGAAUCCCGACCCCGGUGGAGAAGAUGACCCAGGCCCAGCUGCGGGCGUUCAUUCCGCUGAUGCUGAAGUACUCGACGGGGCGCGGGAAGCCGGGCUGGGGUCGCGAUUCGACACGUCCGGGCUGGUGGCCGAAGGAGCUGCCGUGGGCGAACGUGCGGAUGGACGCCCGGUCCGAGGACGAAAAGCAGAAGAUUAGCUGGACACACGCGCUGCGGAAAAUUGUCAUCAACUGCUACAAAUAUCACGGUCGGGAGGAUCUGCUGCCAGCGUUCAGCGAGGAGGACGAAAAGGCCAACGCGCUUGCGACCGCAAACUCCAACGUUGAACAGAUCAAGAUUCAGAACACAAACGUUAUCACAACGAGUCCGACCAUCGUCAGCAGCAAUGCUACGGCGGUGGCCAGCAGUAGCACAACCGGCCAGCAGAUCAUCAUCCAGCAGCAGUCCAGCGGGACGCCGACGAUCGUGACGACGGGCGGCGCCCAGGCGCAAACCCAGACCACCCACCAGAUCAUCAAGGAAAUGUCCGACGGCACAAUCCAGAUUCAGCAGCAACCCUCGCCCACGCAGACCCUGAACGCGCAGGUUUGCCUCGACUCGAUGGCGCUAAGCGAUGUGGAUUACACGCACACAGUUCUCCAGACCAUCCAGAACGCCGACGGCACGGUCUCCAUCAUCCAGGUUGAUCCCAACAAUCCAAUCAUCACACUUCCAGACGGAACCACUGCACAAGUACAAGGAAUCGCAACGCUACAAGCCCAAAACGAUAACAACGUGCACACAAUUCAAACCAUUUCGGACGCACAGGGUGAAAGCAUGUCGGUGGAUCUGACCGAGGCCACGUUGGGCCAGGAUGGCCAGCUCAUCAUCACCGGAGAGGAUGGUCAAGAGUACUCCUACUCGGGCUUCCCGGUGAACGUCAGCGGCAUGAUUACGGUGCCGGUGUCCGCGCAGAUGUACCAGACCAUGGUGGCCAACAUGCUUCCGAACGGGGAUGGAACCGUGUGCAUAACCCCGAUGCAGAUGUGUGAUCUAGUCGAAAACGGAGAAACGAUGGAGACAAUAACUGUGGGCUCCGGAAUGCACCAGAUGAUGAUCCAGGGUGCGCCCGGGACGGAUCCUCAGGUACUGCAGGUCAUCAGUCUGAAGGACGCCUCAGUGCUGACCAAGGCCAUGGCGAGUAUCGGCGAACUCAACAAGGACGACGGUACAAUCAUCGAGCACUAAAUGCUACUAGUCAAAAGAAAGUGAGCAUCAUCAAAUGACUUCUCUCUGGGCUGAACUAACUCUCGUUCGAGCGUAUCAUAUCUAGUCAUUGCUAAAUGGUUUGUUUCAUUUGCCAUCAGUCAACUAGAAUCGCAAUUCAAUAAGUAAAGUAUGUUCUAGUCCUUUCCAGAAAAAGAGCAAACUGUGUAAAUAUCAAAAUUUCAAUGUUUUAAACACUUUACAUACAGAUCUCAUUUAAACAAUCAUCGUUAAUUAGAUCCAUGAAGGAAAAAGCAUAAAAUCAGUGGAUUUUGAAUUCUCUCAGCACAUAAAAACAGAAACAUGUAAAUACGGAUUGUGCAACUCAAAAAUUAUUUAUAUCCAAACUAGUGUAAUUUUCAAUAGCGUGUAACGGUGUGAUUGAAAAGAACAGUGGAAAUCUUCUCGACUAGUCAUUUUUAGUCUAAAUUAGCAGAAAAGAUUUCUUUUUCCUGUACGUCGGCAGCUUAAGUUUCUGUACAAUAUCGAGAUGAAAUAAGUUAAACUAACGUACUAUCUAUUCAUUAACCUAGUCAAAUCACAUUGUGUGCAAAGAUAAUUUAUUUUUAUUUAUUUAUUUAUUGCUUUAAUUUCAACUCCAUUCACCCUUUUAACUAAUCCCUCAAUAUCACUGUGAAAAUCAAACGAAACAAAAAUAAUAAUACAGCAACAUCAACGUGCAUAAAAAAAGCAGUCCCGAAAAAUUUACUAGACAAAAUUUUGAAGCACUAGAGGAAAAGACUGAUCCAUCCUGAGGGAUUAGACAAAAGUAAACACUCCAAUAUAAAAGCAGCUGUGAUUAAUGGAAUGUAUCAAUUUCAGUUUUAUUUAUCAAUCAACUUUUUAGUUUAAUAUCUUAUUUAUUUAUUUAUUUAUUUAUUGUUUACAAAAAAGAGUCAAAUAUUUAUUUUAUUUAUUCGAAUCUAAACAUUCACCAAUUGUCAAACAGAUGCAGCGAGAGGUGGGUUAGGGAAAGCGGUUUGAGAACUAUAUAGAUUUAUUUUCAUCACCCUUAAAUGAAUAUGAAGCAAACUUGUGGGUAACGCGAAUAGCAAAGUUGUACCGGUGUGUAACUUCAGAAAAGUUCCAGAGCAGAGAGUAUGCGGUUCAGUUGCCGAAGUGAACAAAAUUGCUGUACCCCUCAGCAACUUUCUACUCUAUACUCUCGGUGACACGUGACCAUAAAUGCUAACUGUUCCUUACUGAGAUUGCAAUACUCCUCUGGUAUAUUUACCCACCACCCCCGAUAGCAUUUCAUAAAGCAUAUUUGUAUGAAAUAUGAAAUAUUUCGAAAGCAAACUAUUUUUGUCUCCGUGAACCAAGCUAAUGUAUUGAACCAUCUAUGUAAAAUAUUAAAUCAUGGGAAAAUAAAAAACUAAUGAUAACACAAA